ACCAUACCUCAGUUCUCUCUUCUAUUACUUUGUCGUGACUUGGUUUCAUUCUCAGAAAAACAGAAUCAACAGUGACAGAUGAUGACAAUCACUGGGAACCGCAUGCUGAUGCUCGCACGCGUGUCGGCAUUGAGCUCGACCGCACGCUCGCUCCACACUGCGCCGCGGCUUGCACGGCAGCAAGGGACACUGAGCACAACGGCGGUGCCAUUGCGCGCGACGCAACCACCACAGACACAGCCACUGCUGGCGACGCGUAGCAUGAGCACGCUGUUCAGCAGCAAGACGCCCGUCGCCUUCUCAAAGAGCGCCGCGGCACGCGCAGAGCUGAAGGACACUUUUGAAGGCACGCCGACAUCGGCCUAUCCACGGCUGGUCGUGGUGGGCGGAGUGCUCAUCGUCGGGUUUAUGGUCGCCAACAUGGUCUUUGGCGAGCGGACCGAGUGGCCCGACAGUCCCAUUCUCACACCGCUGCGAGCCAAGCUUGAUCAAGUAGAUGAGCACCAUCGCUACCUGGUGGAACGGCAGCAGCAGCAGCAGACAUCAGCGGCCCAGCGACCAUCAGAGCCGCCAAAGUAACAGCAACAACCAAAAUGCUCAGACAUUUCAAAAACCUAACACGAAAGUGCUUUGCAAACAAAUCCUAUUAAUAAAAGUACAUCUUUUGGCAUUUCGCGCCAAUGCCAACAUCAAAACAAA